AUGUCGUCCAAAGCCUAUCACACUGACUUUGAAGGAGUCAGUGAGAUUUUACAAUCUUUACAGCAGCAGGCCAAUGUUUUCUUUAAGGGGAUGCAGAUGACAUCUGACUGUAAUUUCUCAAUUGAAGAAGCAAGAGAAAAUCUUGACAGCUUAUCYAARUUGAAUACMGCUCUACAAGACAAGCUCCAAUCAACUGGYYUACAUGCAAUCCCAUUGGACUCUGAAAUGCUUCAAUUAGAUUGCCAAGCAACAGUGCGUAAGGGCCAUGAGGAUUCAGAAACUGGCAAACUUACCAUGCAAAGGGUACAAAUGAACUGCUCAGCAAUGAACAAGACCAUGUCAGCAUUGAAGAAAUGAAUAGCUGCUUUCUUAGAAAGGCAGUAUGGUACAGCAGAAGAUGUGUUGUUGGCAUGGUGAUAAUAGUUGGACUGUUGAAUAAGAAUUUAGUCUAUACCAAUGCAAGACUAUAUCCAUCUAUCAUCCAAUGAAAUYUGGAUAAAAGGUAAUGAAGCCCAUGUACCAGUGGUAAGAGUUUGAAAGGAUGGAUCUCAUUGCUGCAAUUUCUCAUCCCAGAAAUGUAGUGACAAAGUUUCCAUAAAAAAGUACUUUGUUAUCAGACCAAAAUAUUUAUCGAUUUCAAUGAAAUGGUAAACUAGAACAACAAAAACUCAUAACUGCAUGACUGUAAACAUGAAAUAAUGAUAUCUGCGUACUCCAGGAGCAUAUGUCUAMCUGAUGUUUUGGUUUUAUCARUAAGGCKGUAUUGCAAAUKGUCUUUGCAUUGGAAAYACAUGUAAGAAUACCCARAGAGAAAAACAAAAGUGAAAGAAAAGUGAUUGUAUGCUUGCGGUGUAGUGGUCUGCAAACAGAGAGGAACUUUUARUCCAUAAUUUUUAGAUGUCUUAAUAAACAUCAUAUUUUUAUUCAUAGAAACUUAUGUACAUAAAAAGUCAAUAUUUACAAAUUYAUCAAUUGAUAUAAUUCAUCCCUUA